AUGAGCUUAUGUUUGACUGCCUUGUGCAUCGUCCUUGAUACAGUGAGCUGUGCUUAUAUCGCUGUGAGCUUCAAUUUACCAGCUGCUGCCUCUUCAUUUAUUUCCCCUACAUUGCAAUAUGUGCAGAAUUUUUUCCACAGAAAUCUUACUGCAAACAUUAUCUUCCCCCUUUGGAUUUGUGGUCGCCUUGGUUUCAAACUGUUUAAGUUACGCAAAGAUCGAAAGCACCUUAAGAAGAAGAUUAAACAGCGUCAGGGUGUGAUCAGUAGUUUCUCUGCCAAAUUGUGUGGUCUGAAGACACCUCUUGAUAAUGUGGAGAAAGUGCAAGCACUCUCUCUAAGUGAACUCCAACAUGAAAUUUUGGAUUCAAAGAAACUUACUGCGCUAGAUGCCCUUGAAGCUCUCCAGGUUCAUAUCCUACGUUUGAUGCAAGCGAAGAACAGUUCUGUUGCAGAAAUUGUCUUUGACGCUGACGUCACAGCAAUUGUCAUUGAUCAGGCAUUGAAAAGAGACGGCAAGCCCAUCAGCCCGCUGCAUGGCAUUCCAGUAUGUCUCUCCAAUCACUUUAGAGUUAAGGGUGAAGACUGUAAUGCUUCCGCGGUAUUUAAAGCUUGUGGAACUGCAGGAUCGGACUGUACUCUUGUUCGAAAUCUGCGCGAAGUUGGUGCUAUUCCAGUGGCUUUUGCUAAAACGGCUCUGUUGCCCGGAGAACCAGAUGCAGCAAGUCGCCUUUAUGGGCCAGUGACACACCCAUUUUAUCCAGAUCGUGUUGUAGGCGCAUCUUCAGUAGCUAUGCUCAUAAAACAGAAAGGUGCUCAUCUUGGAUUCAGUCUGGAUAUCUUAGGAGAAGUGCGUUUAGAAGCAAUGAAUUUGGGCAUUGUUGGUUUCAAGCCCACUGCUCAACGCCUGAGCACUGAAGGAAUUGUGAAAGCAGUUAAUCUUCCCGAAUUCUUACCUCCAACUGUUGGUAUACUAGGUUUACACGUUGCUGUUAUUUCUGAUGCUAUGAAAGCACUCACUUCUGUUCAACUGGAUUCAACUCUUCCAUUUAUGCAAUUUGAACCAUCAACUUCUAAAGGACCUCUCAAUAUUGGUGUCUACUCAAAUUUGCCACAAGUCAUUCCGUCUACCCCUGCGAUUCAUCGUGUGAUGCUUGAAGUGACUCAAGCCUUGAAGUCUCUAGGACACAAUGUUGUUGACGUCGAGUUACCAGAUCCAGAAACAGCACUAGAUUUAGUCUGCCAAAUUCUUCUAACUUCUGAAAGCUUCUGGGAUGUGCUUGUAUUUAAACAUAAUGGAAACAGUUUGACCUGGAACGAGGUGUUUAAAUGUGCCCUUCCAAAAAUUCCAGGCUUCUUACGAGGUCCCCUCAGUCUGAUGGUUCAAUCUCAACAGAAGGCUAAAUGUUCACCGAUGAAGCGUUUACUGAAGGCAUGGAAGAAGCCACUAUCUCCCGAGGAAAUAUCUGAUGCCUUAGAAACAUAUCGUCGCAACUUUAAUGAGAUCUGGACUGAUGAGGAAAUUGAUGUCUUAGUUGGGCCCGUAGCACCUAGUUCUGCUUUGAAAAAGAAUUCCCAGGCUAGUUUAGCUUUUGUACAAACUGGCUAUACAUCUCUCUUCAACCUUGUCAACUGCCCUGUUGGCGUUGUACCGUUUGGCAAAGUUAGUAAAAGCGACACAGAGGCUGCGGCUACACUUAAGGCACCACUAAAUACACUUUACGGGCAGUUACUUCAACAGCAACUUUCUGCACAAGGCGCAGACGUGGGUAUUCAAGUAGUCGCGAAACCUUGGUGUGAUAGUAUUGCUCUACGCGUUAUGCAAGAAUUAGAAGGCUGCAGUCAUGCAUGA